CGUCGCACAUACAUUAUAUUAUAUUAUAGUUUAUUUACCCCCUUCGCCAUAUAGUCUAGUUCUUCCUCUCGCUGCCUGCCCCGCGCCGCGUCACGUUGGCGUUCUUUCCUGCUCUGCCCACAGCUCUCCCCCUCCCCACCAACCAGCGCCCUGCGACGCGUCUCGCUAGGCAGAUCCCCACUGUAGCUUCGCGCGUCGUGUUAAGUGGUUGCUCUGCCCUUUUUCCUUUCCUCUCUUCCUUUCUCAGCGUUGACAUCUCCAAAGCGAACCUCUGUUUUUUUUUAAUUCUCCUGACAAUCCAUUGUUUGUCAAGCUUGCAGCCGUCCUAUUCUAAAACCUUUUUCUUCUUCUUCACAUACACAACUCUCAAAAUGUUGGAGGCUAGACUCGAACAGGCCAAUAUCCUCAAGAAGGUGGUCGACGCCAUCAAGGAUCUUGUCCAGGACUGCAACUUCGACUGCAAUGACUCCGGUAUCGCCCUCCAGGCUAUGGACAACUCCCACGUUGCCCUGGUAUCCAUGAUGCUCAAGGCCGAGGGCUUCUCUCCCUACCGAUGCGACCGCAACAUCGCCCUCGGUGUCAACCUGACCUCGCUCACCAAGGUGCUCCGCGCUGCCCAGAACGAAGACAUUCUCACGCUCAAGGCUGAGGAUGCCCCCGACGUGCUCAACUUGGUCUUUGAGAGCAGCGAGAACGACCGCAUUAGCGAGUAUGACUUGAAGCUCAUGGACAUUGACCAGGAGCAUCUUGGUAUUCCUGAGACUGAGUACGCCGCUUCCAUUUCCAUGCCCGCUGCCGAGUUCCGCAGAAUCUGCACCGACUUGUCUGCCAUGUCCGAGUCUGUUGGCAUUGAGGCCUCCAAGGACGGUGUCAAGUUCUCCUCCAACGGUGACAUCGGUAACGGUGCCGUCACCCUCCGCAGCCACACCAACAUGGACAAGCCCGAGCUCAACGUCGACAUUGAGCUCACCGAGCCCGUCUCCUUGACCUUCUCCCUUAAGUACCUUGUCAACUUCUGCAAGGCCGCCGCUCUCUCCACCCAAGUCAAGAUCUGCCUCUCCAACGAGGUUCCUCUGUUGGUUGAGUACAACCUCUCGGGAAGCAGUUACCUCCGCUUCUACCUCGCCCCCAAGAUCAGCGAUGAAGAGUAAAGCGACUAAGCAUCUAGCCGAUACAAAAUAGUCCCGGGAUAAGAAUGAAAUGUCGAAAUCGACGGGAGCCAUGCAUGAAUACAACAUGCGGGAGGCUGAGAGUAGAUGAUCACACACCUCCGUAAGGGAGAAAAAAAGAAGAAAGCGCGCUUGGUGGAAGACACGACACGGUAGCAUGUGAAGCGCUUGCGUUUUUUUUAUAGAGAAGGGCGUUGGAAGAGCACGGAUAUCAGUUUGAUAGCCUCACGAUAAUGAAAACACUGGUCACUG